GGUGCCUUUCCCCGCCCUCUCCGAGCUCGGCUUGAGGCGGGCGCGGGCUGAGAGUCCGGGGAUCCCGGGGGCCAGUCGCGGCCGGGACAUCGGGCGCUGCGGCCGGGGACCCGCUGCUGAGAUAGACAGAAUAUGGCAGAGCUUUCUGAGCCAGAGGGACCAGUAGAUUGGAAGGAACGAUGUGUAGCUCUGGAGUCCCAGCUCAUGAAAUUUAGAGUUCAAGCAAGCAAGAUACGAGAGCUCUUAGCAGAGAAGAUGCAACAGCUUGAGAGGCAAGUUAUUGAUGCUGAACGUCAAGCAGAAAAAGCUUUUCAACAGGUACAAGUUAUGGAAGAUAAAUUAAAAGCAGCUAAUAUUCAAACCAGUGAAUCAGAGACAAGAUUAUAUAAUAAGUGUCAAGAUCUGGAGUCGCUAAUACAGGAAAAAGAUGACAUCAUUCAAAACUUGGAAUUGCAACUUGAAGAGCAGAAACAAAUAAGAAUACAAGAAGCUAAAAUAAUAGAAGAGAAAGCAGCUAAGAUCAAAGAAUGGGUAACAGUUAAGUUAAAUGAGCUGGAAUUGGAGAAUCAGAAUCUUCGUUUGAUCAACCAAAACCAAACGGAAGAGAUAAGAACAAUGCAGUCAAAACUACAAGAAGUUCAAGGAAAGAAGUCAUCCACUGUCUCUACACUAAAGCUUUCGGAAGGCCAGCGCCUGAGCAGUUUGACCUUUGGGUGCUUUUUAUCUCGAGCAAGGAGUCCUCCUCAAGUAGUAAAAUCUGAGGAAAUGAGCAAGAUAUCAUCGAAAGAACCUGAGUUCACUGAAGGAAAGGACAUGGAAGAAAUGGAAAUUCCAGAAAAGUCUGUUGAUAACCAAGUUCUAGAAAACAACAGAGGCCAGAGAACAUUGCAUCAAACCCCUUGUGGCUCAGAACAGAAUCGGAAAACAAGAACAAGCUUUGCCACAGAUGGUGGCAUCUCCCAGAAUUCUGGGGCUCCAGUGAGUGACUGGAGCUCUGAUGAGGAAGACGGGAGCAAAGGAAGAUCCAAGUCCAGAUGCACAUCCACCCUCUCCAGUCACACAUCUGAGGAAGGGGUCCAGUGUAGCAGGAUGGGGAGUGAAAUGUAUCUGACAGCAUCUGAUGACAGCAGCUCUAUAUUUGAGGAAGAGACUUUUGGCAUAAAGAGACCAGAACACAAGAAGCUAUAUUCUUGGCAGCAGGAGGCACAGUGGAAAGCUCUAAAUAGUCCUCUUGGAAAGGGAAAUUCUGAAUUAAGUAAAAAGGAGCAAGAUAGUUCCUCGGAUGAACUGAAUAAAAAAUUUCAAUCUCAGAGACUCGAUUAUUCAUCUUCAUCAAGUGAAGCCAACACCCCAAGCCCUAUUUUGACCCCAGCUUUAAUGCCAAAGCAUCCUAACUCACUCUCUGGAAAAGGAACACAAUUAGUGCCUUCAUCACACCUGCCACCCCCAAAGUUAAGGAUUCCUAAUGUUUUCAGUGUAAGUGUAGCACUAGCCAAAAAGCACUUAAGCCAGCCACAGUUAAGCUCCGACAGGAUGUUUGGUACAAAUAGAAAUGCUAUAAGCAUGAUACGACCACUGAGACCUCAGGAAACUGAUCUUGAUCUAGUUGAUGGAGACAGUACAGAAGUUUUAGAGAAUAUGGACACGAGUUGUGAUGAUGGAUUAUUUUCCUAUGACUCCUUGGACUCUCCAAAUUCAGAUGACCAGGAAAACUGUGACUCAGCAAAGAAGGUGGCAUGCAGCAAACCUCCAACUCCUCCCCUGCACCGUUUUCCUUCUUGGGAAAGCAGAAUUUAUGCUGUAGCCAAAUCAGGUAUUCGAAUGUCUGAGGCCUUCAAUAUGGAGAGUGUUAAUAAAAAUUCUGUUGCAACCCUUUCCUAUACCACAUCAGGACUUUAUACAUCUCUGAUAUACAAGAACAUGACCACCCCAGUGUAUACAACUUUGAAGGGGAAGGCGACCCAAAUAAGUAGCAGCCCUUUCCUGGAUGACUCAUCUGGGUCAGAGGAAGAAGACAGCUCCAGAUCCAGCUCCCGGACGUCAGAGUCAGACUCACGCAGUAGGAGUGGGCCAGGCAGCCCCAGAGCCAUGAAACGAGGUGUGUCUCUCUCCUCUGUGGCUUCUGAAAGUGAUUAUGCUAUUCCUCCUGAUGCUUACUCCACAGACACGGAGUACUCACAGCCAGAGCAGAAGCUCCCAAAAACUUGCUCAUCUUCCAGUGAUAAUGGGAAAAAUGAACCACUGGAAAAAUCUGGUUAUUUAUUAAAAAUGAGUGGUAAAGUCAAGUCUUGGAAGCGGCGGUGGUUUGUUCUUAAAGGUGGUGAAUUACUUUACUACAAAUCUCCGAGUGAUGUAAUUAGGAAACCCCAGGGCCAUAUUGAACUUAGUGCAUCCUGUAGUAUUUUAAGAGGAGAUAACAAACAAACAGUUCAGUUGACCACUGAAAAACACACAUACUAUCUGACUGCAGAUUCUCCCAAUAUAUUGGAAGAGUGGAUUAAAGUGUUACAGAAUGUUCUUCGAGUACAAGCUGCCAACCCACUUUCCCUGCAGCCUGAGGGCAAACCCACCAUGAAGGGAUUGCUCACUAAGGUAAAACAUGGAUACUCCAAGAGAGUCUGGUGUACACUAAUAGGAAAGACAUUAUAUUAUUUUCGGAGUCAAGAAGAUAAGUUUCCUUUAGGUCAGAUCAAACUCUGGGAGGCGAAAGUGGAAGAGGUUGACAGAUCGUGUGAUUCAGAUGAAGAUUAUGAAGCCAGUGGACGAAGUCUGUUAUCCACACAUUAUACUAUCGUUAUCCAUCCCAAAGACCAAGGUCCAACUUACCUCCUAAUUGGAUCCAAGCAUGAAAAGGACACUUGGCUUUAUCAUCUGACUGUUGCAGCUGGAAGCAACAAUGUAAACGUUGGAUCUGAAUUUGAACAACUGGUUUGCAAAUUGCUAAAUAUAGAUGGGGAGCCUUCCUCUCAGAUAUGGAGACACCCCACUUUGUGUCACAGUAAAGAAGGAAUCAUUUCCCCUCUGACAACUCUACCUUCCGAAGCCCUGCAGACAGAAGCUAUUAAAUUAUUUAAGACCUGCCAGCUUUUUAUAAAUGCUGCAGUUGACUCUCCUGCAAUUGAUUACCACAUAUCUUUAGCCCAGAGUGCUUUGCAAAUCUGCCUGACACAUCCUGAGCUGCAGAAUGAAAUUUGCUGUCAGCUUAUUAAACAGACAAGACGAAGACAGCCACAGAAUCAACCAGGACCAUUGCAGGGCUGGCAGCUCUUGGCACUCUGCGUUGGGCUCUUCCUUCCCCAUCAUCCUUUCCUGUGGCUCCUCAGGCUUCAUCUAAAGAGGAAUGCAGAUUCCAGGACAGAAUUUGGAAAAUAUGCCAUUUACUGCCAGCGUUGUGUAGAAAGAACGCAACAAAAUGGUGACAGAGAAGCAAGACCCUCAAGGAUGGAAAUUCUUUCAACUCUUCUCCGAAACCCUUAUCACCAUUCUUUGCCCUUUAGUAUACCUGUGCACUUCAUGAAUGGGAUAUACCAGGUAGUUGGUUUUGAUGCAUCUACCACAGUGGAAGAAUUUUUGAAUACUUUGAACCAGGACACAGGAAUGAGGAAACCAGCGCAGUCUGGAUUUGCGUUGUUCACUGACGAUCCUUCUGGCAGAGAUUUAGAGCAUUGUCUUCAAGGAAACAUCAAGAUUUGUGACAUUAUUUCCAAAUGGGAACAGGCUUCCAAAGAACAGCAGCCUGGAAAAUGUGAAGGUACAAGGACUGUUCGUCUGACAUACAAAAACAGACUAUAUUUCUCAGUGCAAGCUCGUGGAGAGACUGAUAGAGAAAAGUUGCUGUUAAUGUAUCAGACAAAUGAUCAAAUCAUAAAUGGACUUUUUCCUCUGAACAAGGAUCUGGCAUUAGAAAUGGCAGCUCUUUUAUCUCAGGUAGAGAUUGGAGAUUUUGAAAGACCUUUCUCAACUCCAGCAGGGCAUGUUACCAAUCAGUGCAAAGUGAAUCAAACUCUAAAGCAAGUCAUAGAGAAAUUUUAUCCUAAAAGGUAUAGAGAUGGCUGUUCUGAAGAGCAGUUAAGGCAGCUUUGCCAGCGACUCUCAACCAGAUGGAUGGCCCUCCGGGGACACAGUGCUGCUGACUGUGUGCGCAUUUAUUUGACAGUAGCCAGGAAGUGGCCAUUCUUUGGUGCCAAGUUGUUUCUUGCAAAACCCAUAACUCCAUCAUCACUUGGAAGUACUUUCUUGUGGCUGGCUGUACAUGAGGAUGGUUUAAGCCUCUUAGAAUACAACUCCAUGAGGUUAAUAGUCAGCUAUGUGUACAAGAGUCUAAUGACCUUUGGAGGCUGUCAAGAUGACUUUAUGGUAGUCAUUAACAAUACACAUUCAAAGGACAAACCAACAGAGAAAUUACUUUUUGCCAUGGCAAAACCCAAGAUUCUUGAAAUCACUCUUUUGAUCGCCAGUUACAUAAACAACUUCCAUCAGCAAAAGGCAGCAUUUCACCACCUCUCUGCUCCAGCACUGCUCUCAGCCCAGACCCGGGGACCCCAAGCCAGAAUGAUGGGAAGCCAGCCUCUUCUGUCAAGCAGCAGACCGACCAAAGGCCCCACCUUACUCUGAAAGCUGGGGAGCCUGAACAUUCACUCCUUGUCCUCCAUGCUGUGGCUGUAUCAGCUCCCUACAAGUUCGUUUACACCUGGCAGCACGGCAGCCACACAUCGGUAUUCCAAACCUUAACAAUGAAGGGGGUUAGGCUCUUUUAUUUGAUUCUUAAAUAUUCAAAUAAAUAUUAACAGUAAAACAUAAACACAAAAUUUGCCAACACACUAAUUUUCUUAUAGAGUAAAUGAGUAAGAAUUCAUCAUUUUUUCCAUCUCCCUUCUUCCUUGUCAUCAGACACAUUGUGCAAUGUGGCUUUUCUUUUCUUUUCUUUUUUUCCCCUCUUUAAUAUUCUGGCAAUCUUUAGAAUGGGAGAUUCCAAACUCCCAUUUGGUAAACCAGUUGAUUAUUUGGAAAUGUUCACUGCCAAAAUAGUAAGUGCUAUAACUAAAUGUGCUUUUAAUUAAUGAUAUAGUGUUUGGAAAGGAGUAGAACAUGCAGCAUAAGAAACAGCUGCAGAGUGGUGUGAGGAGUACAUUUUCAGAGCAGGUGCAGUACAUCUUCCGGCUCUAUGAAUCAUUAUGUGAGAAAGCAGGAUAACAUUAGGUAACCUGAGCCUCCUGUGUGGUAUUAGAAAGUAUACCGUCACCUUUUCACAUCACUGGAGUGUAAAAUUUAAAACAAGAUGGUGAUUCCUGACAUUCCUUGGCUGUCAGUGCUGCCCAGGUUCACAAGAAUAUUGCCCACAUUUCACUGUAUUUGGUGCCGGGUCAUUUUGACCUUGCUUUGUUAAUAAUAUCUUUAAAAACAAAGACAAUCCUUAAAGCUUUGCUCCUCACACAUUACCUUCUAAUUAUAGUUUGAAAAUAGAUUCCCUACACAUACAUACAUAUGUAUGCACAGAUAGGGUCUUGCUAUGUUGCCCAGGCUGGUCUUGAACUCCUGGCCUCAAGUAAUCCUCUCUCCUCAGCCUCCCAAAGUGCUGGGAUUACAAGUGUGAGCCACCACACCUGGCUCCAGAAAUUUUAUUUUAUUUUUUUGAGGCAGGGUCUCACUCUGGUUGCCCAGGCUGGAGUGCAGUGGUGCCAUCAUAGCUCACUGUAGCCUCGACCUUCCGGGAUCAAGCAAUCCCACUUCAGCCUCUUGAAUAGCUGGGACUAGAAGCAUGCACCACCAUGCCCAUCUAAUUUUUGUAUUUUUAGUAGAGACAGGAUCUCCCUAUGUUGUCCAGCCUAGUCUCAAACUCCUGGGUUCAAGCUAUCCUCCCACCUCGGCCUCCCAAAGUGCUGGGAUUACAGGCAUGAGCCACCGUGCCCAGCCUCAAAAAUAUUUUUUAAAAGAAAAGAGAAAAUAAUUCUUCUGUCAAAGGAGGUUAAAUUUUAGUUGAUAGAGUACUUAAAUGCAUUACUUUAUUAGGUUAUGUAAGUGGUCAGUGCAUUCCAGUAUGUGUCACAACAGUGUAGUUCAUAUUCAUGAUAAAAAUGAAACUGUGAUAAGGCAUGAAAAUUAUAUUAUUAAAAUAUUCAAUUGUAAUGGUAAUCAUGAGUAUACUUAAUUUUAUUUAUGUAUAGAAUAUUUGUAUUUAUUUUUUGGACAUAUAUUUAUCACUUUGUCUUUUUUUAACCAAUUUGAGAAAUGUUAGCUGCUGAAUUAAUUUGUUGGCUGAGCCUUCAUAUUUUCUUCUUUGCUGCCUUCUCCCUGUGGCAAUGUACUGUUCUCACAUUAAGCCUUUUAAAAAUGUUCCAUACUGUAUUAGCAUCCUUAGAAGGGACAGAACUAAGAAAUACAUUGCUCAGAUAAUAUUGUACUUUAUUGAUAAUGACAAAAAGAAUAUUUUUUAAACCCCAUCAAAAUAGAUUUCAAUUGACUGUUUCCCCUACAUCUUUUGAGCCACAGUUGCCCAUUGAAUAAGCAAAUUUGUUUUUGAGAGUAAACUGGUAACCGUUUGUGAUGACUCUCAGAAGCCUUUUGGCUGGGAUACAGAAGAGUUUCUAAGUUCCUAGAGAGCCAUUUAAUAAUUAGUUGGUGAGCCAGAGGCUUGACAGAGCUGUUACUUAUGUGUGAGGACUUUAUUCUCAGGCAGUAGUUUAUUCAUCAUUUGGUAAGCCCCUCCCCACACUCUUCUAAUUUAAACAAGUAGUGAAGGCUUAGCUUAAACUGUGUAGUACCUUAGACUUGGCAUUUAUUUUUGAUAGAGCAGAGAUAAAAUAUUUUGAUGGAAGGAAAUCAAUUUUCUGUAACUGAUGAUGUGAAAAUUUUAUUUUCUGGGAAAUUAUAUAGCCAUUCAAAAAUUCAAAGUAUGUUAUUAUGAUUGGUUACAAGAGAAUAAUGUUACAUGUUUAAUUGUAAUAUUUGUCUCCUAUCAUUUUCUUCCCUUUCAGUCAUAAUAAAUGAUUUACAAAACCCA